AUGGCAGGCGGAGACUCGCCAACUCACCGACCGGGCCCCCGGGAAUGGUUGCUAGUAAUAGCAACAGAGGGACAACGGAAAUGCCGACAGGAAGCUUUCGUAUCAGAAGGAAAAGUGAAGAUUGCAUGUAUGGAUUUAUCCUCAGCUUUGAUGCUGAAAUUACGUGGAUACAGACCUUAUAUGAUCCUCGCGACGUACACGGAUAGGAAAUCCUUAUCAACUAUACAAGAGCGACGGAAAACGUAUCGCAAGAGUACUCGCGAACGCAUGUCUCUCGAGACUCCGAUGGAGCGGUCCACGCUACAAGUUAUGCUAUCGGGUCGGAUUAUAAUCACCGGCAUUAUAAACGAGAUCAUCCUGGGCCUGCCCGAUGAGAAAAAUCAAAGUGAAUUCAUGAUGGAAUCUGAAUGCUCACUGAUGAUGGACAGCGAUGCUCGUGCCAAUAAGGAUUUCCUAAAAGGCUACGACAUCCUUGCGCUUUUAAAUUCUAGUACUUCAUCUUUAGACGAAGUUAUGAAACAAACUCAUGAAAAAAGUAGCAUGGAAGAAAGGAGUCUUUACUCUUUAUUCAAAGAGUCUCAGGGCACUGAAUAUGCCAGCGAUGUCAACGGGCAGAAUCUAUCUUAUCAAGAACGAAACGUGAAAAGACCAUCUCGUCAAAAACCAGUGGACAAACACUCCAAACAAUCGAGCAUCUCCCAUUCUCAUCGUUUAAUCAUACCGGACAGCUCCAAGUCUUCAAACUCGAAAUCUGUGACAUUUACUUCACAAGACGGUCAAGUUGAACAAGAUGUCACUGGACUUAUGGUGGAGCCGCCAGUACCGGAUUCUAAUAAUAAAGAAGUAGAGAAACAGAUACGGUCUAUUAGCACACGCAUUCCAUGGCAAACGGCACAGUGGCGGGGCUCACAGGUCGCUAUGGACGAGUCAAAUCUGUGGAUAGCCUUUCUGACAGAAGCUGGAUACUUACAAGCCAGCGACAUAAAUACUCAACUAUGUAGCAAUGGAUGA